AUGGGCGACCCCUCCGCUGCCAAAUCAAAGCCCGAUUCCAAUACGGCCCCGCCGGCUCACUCCAAAGACGAAGCUUAUCUCCAAACAGUCAUCCCCAAACGUCAAUCCCUGUUUGAAUCCAUCCAAAGCCAGCAGAGAAUCCAACGCCUCUCCCUGUCUCCCGAUCCUAUUCAGAUUGUGUUACCGGACGGGAAAGUGAAGGAGGGGAAGAAAUGGAAUACGACACCGUUUGAUGUGGCCAAAGAAAUUUCAAAGAGCUUGUCGUUAAAUGCCUUGAUUGCAAAGGUUGAUGGGGUUUUGUGGGACAUGCAUAGGCCUUUGGAAGGUGACUGUAAGCUCGCGCUCUUCACUUUCGACAGUGAUGAGGGCAGGGACACCUUUUGGCAUUCCAGCGCACACAUUCUUGGCCAGUCUUUGGAAGUGACUUAUGGAUGCAGAUUGUGUAUUGGGCCGUGCACUACAAGAGGAGAGGGAUUUUAUUAUGAUGCAUUUUAUGGUGAACUGGGGUUGAACGAUGACCACUUUAAACAAAUUGAAGAAGCAGCAAAGAAAGCUGUUGACGAGAAACAACCUUUUGAGCGUAUCGAAGUUACAAGGCAACAAGCUCUAGAAAUGUUCUCUGAUAAUCAAUUCAAGGUUGAAAUUAUUAAUGAUUUACCCGAAGACAAAACUAUCACAGUAUACAGAUGCGGUCCUCUAGUUGAUUUGUGUCGUGGACCACAUAUACCAAACACAUCUUUUGCGAAAGCAUUCAGUUGUUUGAAGGCUUCAUCGGCCUAUUGGCGUGGAAACAAAGACCGUGAAAGCUUGCAAAGAGUUUAUGGCAUAUCUUACCCAGAUCAAAAGCGUCUGAAGGAAUACAAGGCCAUGCUGGAAGAAGCAAAGAAAUAUGAUCACAGAGAAUUGACUAAGAAGCAAGAGCUCUUCUUUUUUCACCCACUUAGCCCAGGAAGUUGUUUCUUCCUUCCUCAUGGUGCACGUGUUUGCAACAAGUUGUUAGAAUUCAUACGAAACCAGUACUGGAAAAGAGGCUAUGAAGAGGUUUGGACUCCAAACAUGUACAACAUGCAGCUCUGGGAAACUUCUGGCCAUGCUGCAAACUACAAGGAGAAUAUGUUUGUGUUUGAGGUUGAGAAACAAGAGUUUGGCCUCAAGCCCAUGAAUUGUCCUGGCCACUGUUUAAUAUUUGAUCACAGAGUUCGUUCAUAUAGGGAACUUCCACUUCGCCUAGCUGAUUUUGGAGUCUUGCAUCGGAAUGAGGCCAGUGGUGCACUUACUGGGUUGACUCGUGUCAGGAGAUUCCAACAGGAUGAUGCUCAUAUCUUUUGCAGGGAAUCCCAGAUAAAAGAUGAAGUCAAGGGCGUCCUAGAAUUCAUCAGUUUUGUGUAUAAGAUAUUUGGGUUCACUUUUGACCUGAAGUUAUCUACGAGACCGGAAAAAUAUCUCGGAGAUUUAGAUACUUGGAAAAAGGCUGAAGAUGCUCUUGCAAAAGCAUUGGAUGAAUUCGGGAAGCCCUGGGAGAUAAAUGAAGGUGAUGGAGCGUUUUAUGGGCCAAAAAUAGACAUUAGUGUUUCUGAUGCAAUGAGAAGAAAAUUUCAGUGUGCGACAUUGCAGCUGGACUUUCAACUCCCUGCUCGUUUUAACUUAUCUUACUCAGCAGAAGAUGAGAGCAAGAUGGAACGGCCUGUUAUGAUACACAGAGCCAUUCUUGGUUCUGUUGAACGAAUGUUCGCUAUACUUUUAGAGCACUACAAGGGCAAAUGGCCUUUCUGGCUUAGUCCGCGCCAGGCAAUUGUUUGCCCUGUUUCUGACAAGUCUCAGUCAUAUGCACUGGAGGUAAGAAACCACAUUCAUGAUGCUGGUUUCUAUGUUGAUGUUGAUACAAGUGACAGAACAAUCCAGAAAAAGGUACGAGAAGCUCAAUUGGCACAGUACAAUUAUAUAUUGGUGGUUGGUGAAGAGGAGGCGAACACUGGACAGGUAAGUGUUCGGGUGAGAGAUAAGGCCAAUCACGCUGUGAAGAGCAUCGAGAGCCUCCUCAGAGACUUUAAGGAAGAAGUUGCUGAUUUUCGUUAG